AUGGUGAGUUGCGUGCCUGGCACGGUUGAUAUAUUGAUGCUGUUAAGAGUCACAGAACAACGCAUCGUUUUUUGCCGAUUAUAGCUUUUUAGUUGCCCUCCUCCCACGUGGUCGAAAUAAGGCUUUUAUGCUCGCUAUCAAGGGAACCCCUUGGAAAUCUAAAAAUAAACCCAUGCACUUUUCCUCAGGAGCCCUAAGAGUUCUUGGCCUACUGUUUUCGAAAGUCCUUACGACAUUUAUCUUAGGUUGGUUGAACUUGUGGCAAUACUUCGUCGCUUGAGUCCCUUUGCUAGAUGUGACUGGGGCCUUUGAAUUAUCCAUAUUACAUUUUGCUGUCAACCGUUCUGCACUGUUGACUUUUUUACUUUACGAUUCGUUCUUUUGGUUCUAGGGCUUGGUCAAGGUCGUAAAGAACAAGGCGUACUUCAAGCGAUUUCAGGUCAAGUUUCGUAGGCGCCGAGGUAAUUCCAUUAUUUUCAAUUAUGGUGGUUUUCUAGAGGGUAAGACUGACUACUUCGCACGCAAACGCCUGAUAUGGCAGGACAAAAACAAGUAUAACACACCAAAAUAUAGGCUGGUUGUUCGCUUUACGAAUAGGGAUAUCGUGUGUCAAGUAAGUAGCAUGCAACCUGCCUUAUUAGUAGAUCGUUUACGCCCGCAUGGACGGUGAUCGCGUCCUCUGCAGUGCUUAUUCCCACGAGUUGCCCCGCUACGGAGUGAAGGUCGGGUUAACCAACUACCCAGCCGCCUAUUGCACAGGCCUCCUCUUGGCGCGACGUGUCCUCGCCCAACUGAAGUUGGACGGCCUUUACGAGGGUCAGAAGGAAGUGACUGGUGAGGAAUACCACGUCGAGUCUCCUGAUGGCCAGCGAGCCGCUUUCAAGUGCUACCUUGAUAUCGGCCUUCGGAGGACUUCCACCGGAGCAAACAUCUUUGGUGCCCUCAAGGUAUUUCCCUGUUUCUUAGUUGACUGGUAUUUUAGGGAGCUGUCGAUGGCGGCCUAAACAUUCCCCACAGUGCUUCCCGCUUCCCAGGAAAUGACCCUGAGUCCGGUGAGUGCAAUGCUGAGGUCCACCGUGCUCGAAUUCUUGGCCAUCAUGUCUCGGAGUACAUGAAGGCCCUGAAGGAGGAGAGUGAGGAGACCUAUAAACGCCAAUUCAGCGCCUAUCUGAAGGAGGGCAUUACCGAAGACAAGAUCGAGUCCAUGUACCUUAGUGCACAUGAGGCUAUUCGAAAAGACCCAUCGCCAGCUAAGGCGGAGAAGAAGGAGGUGAAGAAGCAGCGCUUCAACAGGAAGAGAAUGAACCAGAAGGAGCGUCGCGAACGCGUGCGGCAGAAGAAGGCCCAUUAUCUAUCUCAACUACAGAAGGAGUUGGCUGUGGUCGGAGAGUGA